AAAUAUAAAAGGCCAUUGUUGGUGAAAUAGUUGAGGCUGUGAGGGUAUCAUUUUGUUUUAGAGGCUUUUAUCAGUAGUAUAUGGUGGUGCAUAUCUCCAUCAGCCCCGUUUUGUGCCUCAGGAGCUGAAACAUUUAGAAACCACUAUGUGAAGCUCAAAGAACACAAACACAUGCUCUGGUUUGAAUCUCUGAACCUUGCGUUGAUGAGGUGUGCUUGCUAGGCAUGAUGACAAAACGAAGAGGUGGGAUUUGAACUCUUCAUGGGACCUUUUAAAAAAGGUUGGAUCUCAUUUUAAAGCCCAUGCAGAAGCUUUAAGCAACAAUCAAGAGAGACUUGGACACACUUGCCACUUUUUUAACAACUGUGCAUAGUGAGAAUUAGCUUUGCUUUUUUUAUUUCUGUGCUUAUUCAUUUUGGUAAAAAAGUAUUAUCCACAUUUGUCAUCCCCAGGUAGAAAUGGCUGGUGUGAAUUUCACCGUGGAUUCCACAGAGAUCUCUCCUAACCAGAGCAGCUGUGAUGUGUUGGUCUACCAAAGUGCUGCCGUUGUCCUCUUCCCUAUUUUCUACAGUGUGAUUUUUAUCAUCAGCGUGUGUGGCAACAGUUUGGUCCUCUGUGUUAUCUGCCAGAGGAAGCAGAAGUUCAACUCCACCUCAAUCUAUCUGGCCAACCUGGCGCUGUCUGAUGCCCUGUUCACGCUAGCACUGCCAGGAAGAAUCACUUACUACAUCCGUCACUUUGACUGGCCCUUUGGUGACCUCCUUUGCCGGCUGACCACACUCCUUUUUUUUGCAAAUACCUACGCAGGAAUCGGCUUCAUGACUUGCAUCAGCUUGGACAGAUACCUGGCCAUGGUGCAUCCACACCAGUUGCAGUUUCUGCGCAGUGUUAAGUUUGUCCGUAGGUUCUGCUGCCUGGUCUGGACUCUAGUAUUUAUUGAAACAGCUCCUCUGUUGUUUCGCAGCAUGCUUCAUGUGAGUGGGGACAAAAAAACCUGCAUGGAGUACUUCAACUUUGAAGGUUCCCAAGUCACCCCUUAUCUCCUGAUUCUGGCCUGCGUCAUCUCCUUCUGCUGUCCACUCACCAUCAUCAUGGGCUGCUACGCCAAGAUCAACCUGAAGCUCCGGGAUGCAGCCAAGAAGACCUCCAUUACAGGUAGAACGAGUCGAAACCACAGGGCCAACAAAGUCAUCCUCCUCAUCCUCCUCACCUUCAUCAUCUGCUUCAGCCCUUACCACCUCAACAUAAUGCAGUUUAUGUUCAGAAAAAUGUACCGCCAACCAACAUGUGAGGAACUGAGAGCUUUUAAGAUGUCCUUGCAGAUUACGGUCUCAUUAAUGAACUUGAACUGCUGCCUAGAUCCUGUCAUCUACUUCUUUGCCAUAAAGACGUACAAGAAGCGGGUGAUGAGCCUGUUUAAGGACUAUCUCUAUACAUCCGGUGCCUCCUCCAAAGUGACAGCUGAAAAUAGCAGCAGCAACACCUGAUCGAAACCACAACUCACUGUUUCACAGAAGACCUAUUUUUACCAGUCUGCCUUAAAAAUACAGACUGAUUUGCAUUUAUGUUGAGACUGUUUAUGAAAACGAGACCAGAAUUUUUAAUGCAACCUUUUCAUUAUGUUUUUAAAAUGAUGGUUUCAUUUGAUGACAUUUAUGAUAAAAUUGAGGAAAGAAGCUAACUCAUAGCUAACGUGACUGGUGGCUAACCCCUAGCCUCAAAGAUGUUAUCAUUUUGUGUUUAUUUGAAACUUUUGCAUUAAUUUGGUCGCUUACUUGAAAUGGAAAUCAACAUAUGUAGGUUGAUUGCAGGCAAAUGCAAAAGCUGUGAUGGGAGUUUUUUGCUCUCAUGCAAUCAAAAGUAUUGUUCAUAUUAUCCCAACAGAAUCUCCAGUAAGUCAAAAUGAGGACAUGUACCAUUUCUGUUUUAAACCACAUCUAGCUGCCGCUUAGGAGAACUUAGAUGAAAAUCACCACAUCCUCACCCACCUUUCCUGCUUCUCCCUGAUGGGCCUCGAUUCUGCUGCGUUCUGUGUCUUGCGGUUGAGCUUUGGUGUGGGUGUGGGUGUGUGUGUGUGUGUGUGUGUGUGUGUGUGUGUGUGUGUGUGUGUGUGUGUGUGUGUGUGUAUGUGUGUGUGUGUGUGUGUGUGUGUGUGUGUGUGUGUGUGUGUCCUUAGAACAGGUGCACUUUCGUUGUUUUUAGUGAGAUAUACAUAACCUUUAACAUUUCCUGACUUUUUGGAAAAGCAAACCUAAACGUUUGCACAGAACCUCUUGUAUAAAA